GCAGCAUGGCUGUCAGUAUAAAUUUGAAGCUUGAACGAUGCGCUUCCUCUCGUCACGUUGGUUUUUUUUGUUUGUGCAUUUUAACGAAAAUGAUAUCGUGUGUGAUCUUGUGUGGCAUGGAAUAUGGAAAGAUUUGGGUGGAGUGACCUGAUAUUAGCUUGUUUGUGCAAGUGAACUUUUGAACAAGACCGGCUUGUCAUCAUGAAGUCGCGAUUGGAUCGUCUUUUCGUCUUGCUGGAGGCCGGUGCGGGCUCGGCUACAAGGCGAGCGGCGGCGAGGCAGCUCGGCGAGGUCCAGAAAGCCCAUCCCGAGGAGUUACACCGGCUCCUCGGCAGACUGAUGACACAUCUCCGCUCGCCAGCUUGGGAGACAAGAGUCGCUGCAGCUCAAGCGGUCGAAGCGAUCCUAUCGAACGUUCCGGAAUGGCAUCCGACACCGCUGGCGGAUAAGAAAGAGAUUAAACCAGACCCGGAAGAUUACGGACUGUUGAAAUGUGAUACGUUCAACAUAGAGCGGGUCCUUCAGAACGGAGCGCACUUGAUGGGUUCCGAGGGAAACGAAUAUGAUUUUGACGAGAAUGACUUCUCGCUCUCCACAGCAGACGCAAAGGAGCGUAUGGCGAAGCAACGGCAGCAGUUAAACACUCGUCUAGGUCUGGACGUUGCGGCCAAUCUCGGCGUCGACUUGACCUCUAUAUACACGAACGAGGACCUGUGCCCGGUCAGACCGCAAACAAACAAGGCUGAACCGCAGAGAAUGCCGGUACAAGAACUAGUCCCUAUUUCUUCGAAACCGCUCAGUUCACGGGAAAAGAAUUUGGCGAAGAGACGAGCUCGUGCCGCUCUCAGCAAACAGAAAUCUAGAGACUGCACCGAGGAGUCUACCUCAGCUCCUCCUACGCCCCCGAUAGAACCCGAGAAGAAGAAAAUGAAAUUAGAACAGACUGAAGAGUUUUUUCUGGAGGCAGGAGCAGCAGUGCCGUGCGCCGCCGGCUGGCAGGGGGAGGCGGCUCGGUGGCCCCUGGAGGCGUGGUGCAGCGCGCUACUGACGCAGCUGUUCAGCCCUCACUGGGAGGCUCGCCACGGAGCCGCCAGUGCACUCAGAGAAUUACUACGAGCCAAGAUAGCCAACACUGCCGGGAUCACUCGCUACACCGAGCCUCAACACAUGGAGUGUGCGCAUCAAGAUUGGCUAGAAGACAUGGCCUUGAGGUUACUGUGCGUACUGGCGCUGGACCGCUUCGGAGACUUUGUUUCUGAUCAGGUGGUGGCGCCAGUAAGGGAAACGUGUGCCCAGACGCUGGGCGUGGCGCUGGCGCAGCUGGACGAGGCCCGCGUGCGCAAGGUGGCGGGCUUGCUGUCCUCGCUGGCCGCGCAGGCGCAGUGGGAGGCCCGCCACGGCGCCCUGCUCGGCUUCAAGUACAUGCUGGCCGCCAGGCAGGAGGUGGCGUGCAGCAGCGGCGCCCUGGAGCACCUGAUGUCGGGGCUGGAGGACGGCGCCGAGGACGUGUCGGGCGUGGCGGCGGGCGCGCUGGUGCCGGCGGCGGGCGCGCUGGUGUCCGCCCGCCCGCACGCCGCCGCGCGCCUGGUGCAGCGCCUGUGGGGCCUGCUGCGGGACCAGGACGACCUCGCCGCGCCCGCGCACUCCUACAUGGCGCUGCUGGCGGCGCUCAUGGCGCUGCCGGAGCCGGCGCGACUGCUGCACCCGAUCGAUUUGGCAGACGUGCUACCUCGUCUGUGGCCGUAUUUAGACCAUGCGACCUCAUCAGUGCGGAAGGCCACACUACAGACUCUCCGCACCCUGACGCGGCCCCUGGUCACCACAGCCGCACCGCGCGCCGACAGCGCCCACAGCCCGCCCCCUGACAACGCCGCGCCCAGUGAAGCCCCACCGAACGGGCUGGACGAACAGUACUUGAUGUGGACCCCGGAGCUGUUGCAGGAAGCAAUGAGACACGUUUACCAGAGAGUGUUGUUCGAACAUAUCUAUGAAAUACAAGAAAUUGCAGUGCAAGUGUGGGAGAACCUGAUCCGGCACGCGUCCCUGGGCGUGAUCCUGGUGGCGGCGUGUCCCAUGCUGUCCACGUGGCUGUGCCUGGCCAUGCAGCCCGCGCGCCUGGCCGUGGACCCGGCGCUCAUACUCGUGCCGCCGCUCAAGGAGCGGCGCACGCGCACGAGCCCGGCGGAGGCGGUGCCGGGCGAGGUGCGCGCGGCGCUGCGCUGGUACGUGGGCGGCGCCGACACGCAGGCCAGCGCCGCGCGGGACAAGAACGUGUCGCGGGCGCGCUGUCUCGCCGCCGACAUACUGGGGCACCUGUCGUGCUACCUGGUGCAGCCCGCGCCCGGCAUCGACUACACGGCGGAAGAAGAGAGCCCCAUCGACUGUUACGUGAAGGUGAUGGUGGUGUACCUCCGCUCGGGCAGCGCCCUGCAGCGCCUGGUGGCCAGCCUCGUAGUGUCGGCCUGGGCGCGCCACACGCGGCGCCGCGGCCUCUACCCGCCCCCCGCCCCGCGCCCCGCACACCCGGAUGAAGAGAAAGAUGAAAAUUAUGAAACGAACGACAUAUCAAAGCUGGCUCCGGCGUCGCUGGUGUCCACCCUGCACACGGCGCUCAACCAGGCGCUGUACUAUGACGAGGUGGCUCUCAACUGCAACAGGAUACUCCAAGAGGCAAGAGAUUUUUUGGCGACCUUGAAACAUUACAAGUUACCAGUUGACGGUGAGGAGUUCAACAAUAUUGUGAGAUUGGAACAGGUGGUGCAGCUGACGGGCGCCGCGCAGGGCAUGGUGAGCCGCAUGAAGCCCAAGCGAGCCGCGCCCGCGCUGGACGAGCGCCGCCGCGCGCUGCGGGCCGCCGCCGCGCACACGCACGCCAUGCACGCCGCGCUCGCCGUCGCGGUUCAAGCUGCCAUAGCGGGAGCCUGCGCGAAUCUCCAUUGCCUGCCAGAGAAACUGAACCCAGUGGUGAGGCCCCUGAUGGAGAGCAUUAAGAAGGAAUGGUGUGAGGAACUUCAGGCGAAUUCGGCGAAAACACUGGCGACGCUUUUGGCGCAGCUCGCAGACCGGGACCCCUGCCCUAAUAAUAAAGUGCUGAUUAAUUUGAAGGCCUUUCUCAGAUGCGACCCGGAGGUGACGCCGCGUGUGUCCUUGGAGCGCGUAGAGGAGGGCGGCGAGGACGGCAGCGGGGACUCCGCCGGGGAGGGACGCCACACGCGCCCUCUCGGACCGCACUUGGACAAGUACAACGGCAUCCUGACGCUGCGGGAGCUCCAGCGCAGCGCCGACCGCGCCGCCCCCCGCCGCGGCCGCCCCCCCGCCGCCGCGCACCUCGACCUGGACUCGCUGCUCGACAACGAGGACGAGGCUAGAAAGCUACUUAGAAUACAAAGACGAGGCGCGACAUUGGCGCUCGUCAGCCUGACGGAACACUUUGGAGACUCACUGCCGCAGAAACUACCCAAGCUGUGGGAGUUUAUCACACAACCUUUCGAAAGGGUCCUGACUGACGCCGAAUUGGAGAGCAUGGACGUGGAGGGUGCCGAGGAGCUGAUCUCCCGGCUGCAGGUGUUCGAGGCGGUGUGCGGGCGCGCGGGGGGCGGCGUGCGGGCGGCGCGCGCGGCCGCCGUGUGCUGCGGGUACACGCGCGCGCCCUACACCGCGCUGCGGCACAUGGCGGCGCGCGCACUCGCCGCGCUCGCACGCACCGCGCACCCGCACGUCAUGCACGCCAUCAUCGAUCAGCUGGUGCCGGCGCUGGGCGAGGCGGGCGGGGAGCGAGUGCGGUGCGGCGCGGCGGAGGCGCUGGCGCGGCUGGUGGACGCCCUGCAGCUGCAGCUCGUGCCCUACAUCGUGCUGCUCGUCAUCCCGCUGCUCGGUCGUAUGAGCGACCACAGCGAGGCCGUCCGCAUGAUGUCGACCCGUUGCUUCGCGACCCUGAUCCAGCUGAUGCCGCUAGAGGGCGCCGUGCCCGAGCCGCCCGACCUGGCCCCCGCGCUGCGCGACCGCAUACGUCACGACAAGAACUUUCUGGAACAACUCUUCAACCCCAAAUCGAUCAAGGACUAUAAAAUCCCCGUGCCGCUCUCCGCCGAGUUACGCUCCUAUCAACAGGCGGGCGUGAACUGGCUGCGGUUCCUGUACGAGUACAAGUUGCACGGCGUGCUGUGCGACGACAUGGGGCUGGGCAAGACGCUGCAGUCCAUAGCCGUGGUGGCGGGCUCGCACUGGGAGGGCGCCGCCGCGCGGGCGCACGCGCUGCCCUCGCUCGUCGUCUGCCCCCCCACACUCACAGGUCACUGGGUGUUCGAAGUAAACAAGUUCAUACCUUCGAAGAUCCUCAGGCCGCUGCAGUACGUGGGGCCGCCGGCUGAACGGGAGAAGCUUCGGCAUCAAGUGAAGUACCACAACUUCAUCGUCGCCUCGUACGACAUCGUCAGGAAGGACAUAGACUUCUUCAGCAGCAUCAGGUGGAACUACUGCGUUCUGGACGAGGGACACGUUAUCAAAAAUGACAAGACGAAGGCUUUCAAAGCCAUUAAAAUGCUGAUAGCCAACCAUAGGUUGAUACUAUCCGGAACACCUAUUCAGAACAACGUGCUGGAGCUGUGGUCGCUGUUCGACUUCUUGAUGCCGGGCCUGCUGGGCACCUCGCGCGAGUUCACGGCGCGCUACUCGCGGCCCAUCCUCGCCGCCCGCGACCCCCGCGCCUCCCCGCUGCAGCUGCAGGCCGGCGCGCUCGCCUGCGAGGCGCUGCACAGGCAGGUGCUACCGUUCCUGUUGAGGCGUGUUAAAGAAGAUGUACUGAAGGAGCUUCCACCGAAGAUAACGCAGGACUAUUACUGCGAGCUCAGCCCCCUACAGCGAUGCCUGUACGAGGACUUCUCGAGAGACCACGUGCCGCAGGACAUCACUAGCACUAGUCACACACACGUAUUUCAGGCUCUACAUUACCUCCAAAACGUCUGCAACCACCCGAAGCUGGUGUUGACUCCGGACCAUCCCGAGGCACAAACCAUCGCCAAACAAUUGAGAGCGCAAAAUUCUAAUCUCGACGACAUUGAACAUUCCGCUAAACUGCCUGCUUUAAAACAACUGCUCCUCGACUGCGGGAUCGGCGCGACGGGGGCGGAGGCCGAGUCCUCGCCGGUCGUGUCGCAACACCGAGCGCUCGUAUUCUGUCAACUGAAGAAAAUGUUGGACAUCGUCGAGAGAGAUCUGCUGCUACAGCAUCUGCCCUCCGUGACGUACCUGCGGCUCGACGGCUCGGUCCCGCCCCAGCACAGGCACGCCAUCGUCACGCGCUUCAACACCGACGUCUCCAUUGACUUGUUACUCCUCACGACCGCGGUGGGAGGCCUGGGGCUGAAUUUAACCGGCGCGGACACUGUGAUUUUCGUGGAACACGACUGGAACCCCAUGAAGGACCUGCAGGCCAUGGACCGAGCUCAUCGGAUCGGACAAAAGAAAGUUGUUAAUGUCUACAGACUCAUCACCAGGAAUACACUCGAAGAGAAGAUAAUGGGGCUACAAAAAUUUAAAUUGAUGACAGCGAACACGGUUAUAAGCAGCGAGAACGCGGCCAUAGAGACGAUGGGCACGGACCAGCUGCUUGACCUGUUCACUCUCAAGCCCGGCCGCUCGCACGACCAGCCCGCCGCCUCCAGGUCCGUGCUGGAGGCGCUGCCCGACCUCUGGGACGACAAACAGUACGAAGAGGAAUAUGACAUGACUAACUUCAUCAAGGGAUUGAACAAAAUGAACGCGCACUAACAUUCAUCAUCAUCAUCUUCGGCCUUACAGCCCAGGGAGGGCCUUAGCCUGGUCCAGUAAGUCUCUCCAGACUGCUCUGUUCAGGGAUUUCUCCUUCCAGUUCCUGACGCCGAUAACUUUGAGGUCGCGCUCCACGCCAUCCAACCAUCGGAGUUUGGGUCUGCCAUGACUUCUGCGGCCCUCUGGCUUGCCAUCAAGCAGUUGUCUUGGCAUUCUGGUAUUCUCCAUUCAUGGUAACAUUACCAUCGAAUUAAUUUAAACUUUCAAUUCACAUAGUGUUUUUGCUGACAGAGAUUAUACAACAAAUCUCUCUCUCUCUCUCGAUUUUUUGAAACUGGUACGCUUGCUUAGCCAAAUACUUAAAGAGAGUUACUAGUUUGUGCAAGGGAGAACGUAAUGUAUGUACUAUGAACUAAUGAUAGGACGUAAUUCAUUAUCAGUAAUAACUCUUAGAUCCAUGUACCCAUAUACUUGAUAGCCUGAUAAUCUAUAUUAUUAAUAAUUUAAUAUGUACAUCUAAGCUGGAUUAAAAUCUUGUAGUUCAUAAUUACUAAAUCAGUUUCAAAAUGCCCAUGAUUUAACACUGGUUUAACAAUAUUAAGUUGAUCGUAAAGACAAAAAAGUUAGUAUCGUUUUCUCCUAUGUUACUCAAGCUUUGGUGUUGUCGAUGAAAAAAAAAUGGAAUCAGUUUUUUAAAUAUCUAUAUCGUGACAAAAGAGAAAGUGUGAACAUACUAUGAAUCUAAAGCUUUGUUCCGAUAUGCGCUGCGAGCGCUGUAGGCUGUGAGGCCAAUUUAAUAUAUUGUGAAGCCGUUUCUUUAUAGCUAGCAUACUGGUUACUGUUUAAAACGGAAAGUAGUACAGUUUUCUGCCAUCGAAGUUUUUUGGCGUUGUUUUCACGUCGACAAAAAUAAAUAUUUAAAUUUAGUUAUUUUUAAAAUUUAAUUCUAGUUGUUGUCAGCUGAAUUAAUCGCAUUAUGAAACCAAGUCGUAUACUUUUUAGUAAAAAAAAUGUUGGUUUUCAAGCAAUGUUAAUAACUUAAUAACCUAAUUAUUGAAAUGGAGUUAUGCACGGUAAAGUAAAAGUAAUCCCGUGAUCAAAGCACUAUAUAGAAAAUACCAGCAGUGUUCACAGUAGAAAAAUGGCGACGAUUUAUGUCAUAUAUUUCGUUAGGAUACACCGCCAAUGUAUACAGUCGGUCCAUAACGGAACGAAUUUCUCCGCCAGUGAGUGCACUGACCAGUGCUCCCAGUGUAUAUUGGAACAUAUCUUAAAUCAGGUGUAGUUGAUUCAAUUUUUGAUCGUUAGGGAAACGUUAGUUUUAUUAAAAUCACCUAACCGACACAUAGUUGCAAAUGAAACUAAUAAAAACGGGACAAAAACAAGUCUCAUAAAUAUCACUAUGUGAAUUUAUAAUGGUCUGUUAAAUUAUAAAUGUGUGUCAUAGCGCCUAUAACAUUAUUCCCACGGCAUUACUUUAUAGCACACAUCUGUUAUUAGUGAAGUAGAAAGUGAUAGUAAAUUAAAAUCAUCAAAAUCGCUUUUACGCUUUAAUCUCGCGUAUUCGAAUACUUGGUUAUAUUUAAUUCAAUCUACGACACCGAAAACCGAAAAAAAUACUAGGAGUUAAAUUACAUAACCUCAAAUAAAAAUAAACAAAAAAAUAUUGAAGUUUUAAAAUAUUGCUACUACUGGACACUUGACGUCCUCCCUUGAAAAAUCUUGGAAGUUGAUCGUAGCGCCACCUAUCAAAUAGUUAGGAACGAUUAUCUACAAAAAAAGCAACGAAAAUAGAGUUCAUAAUCAUCUGGGUGAGGUUCUGAACAUCUUUAAAAGAAAUAACUUUAACUGAAAUACAGCAUUACAUACUGUUGUAGUUUCACACACGAAACAAUUGCUCAUAAAUAGAUUCAAUUGUUACAAAGUUUAGUGAAAAAUACUCGUACUGAAGAAUUAUAUAUCAUUAAUGGUGUGUUUGUACGUCAAUGGUACUAUUUCCACACUAAGAACUUUCAUCACAAUUGGUCGUAUGAUUUAGGAACGCAUAGAACACAAACAUACAAACGUUUAUAACAAACAAAUUACAUUUUUAUUUCAAUAGGUAGAAUAUAAAUAUAAAAUGAUAUAUUUACAUUACAAACUUAGAAAAUGUCACAUACACAAGUCAAUUAAUAAACCAAUAAACCUGUUGUUGUUUGUGUAUAUUCUAUUUUAUAUAUUAUAUUAGUGUUAAUAUGUGCUGUAAGCUUUGAAUUGCACAAGGCCCUAUUUAUAAGACAUUGGUAAUUUUAUUGUUAGACCUCGGGUAGAUAAUAAAUGUAUAUAAUUUUUACUAAGUUUGACUAUUCGGUUGCUCUCGAUGGUACAGCAGAGCUCCCCUCACAGACUACUAGGUCAAGAAGGAUUGCGCGUGAACAUGUGCCGUCGAUUUUAGUUAUCCUUGAAUUAAAUAUUCACUACCGUAAUAUGGUCGCGUGUGAGUGCUCACGUGCCUCAUGCCAUGGCCAUUGAGAUUCUUAAUGACACGAAUGACGGUUGCGUUUGUUAUAAAUGACCUCGAUGCUGGAUCACCAUCGUAAAUUAAAGAUUUUUUUUUAAAUGACGAUCUUUCAAAGUAGAAAAGAAAUUUGGUAUUUAUUAAGCUAGACUAAAAAUACUUGAUACCAUGGUUAAGUAAAUGCUACAGACUACUGGUUUUACUAAAAUCCGUUCUGAGAUGUCAGUUUAUAUUUUGUGCACUUUUAUGCAUACUUUGAAAGUUUGUCACAAACACAAGAGGCUGAUUGUUUUUUUGUAGUUUUAAAUCUAAUUUUGUUAAAGAAUAUUUCCUUAGUAAAUAAUUGAAAAUUAACAUCGAUACAAAGUAAAUUUUGUAAACUUUAAAAUGCUGAUAUAUGUUAUCGGAUUGAUUUAUAAUGUUCUAUUAGUUUUAAUAUGAUAUUCCUGAUUGUUGACUAAAUAUUUUAUAAUUUUGAGUUAAUUAAUUCACGCUUUUUUUCAAGUUUCUCUUAGUUAUCAAUUCAUAAGUUCAUAUAUCAAUAAAUUUGGCACAAUAUAUUUCGGAUUUUUUUUUUUAUGGUUUUACACUUUUGGAUACUCAAAAAUUUGUUCGCCGUAGAAAACCGUGUUCACAAUUUUCUAAUUAUCCAAAUUUUAAAUUAUAAGAUGAUUCGCAUUUUCAAUUUUUCGUGCAUAAUUCAAACAUUCAAUUCAAACAUAGAGGCAUCUGACAUAUUUCCUCUGAAACUUGAAUAUUUUUACAAAGUCGAUUCACAGUUUGUAAUAAAAGUGUUGAUGUAGUUAAAAAUACUACAGAGUCAAAAUCGUAAUUUAUAAGGGUUUUAUUAAUUUAUAAAACAUUACAAUAUUAUUGCUUCGCUAUGUAUAAGUUCCUUAUAAAUAAGAAAUACCUCACAAUUUCUCUACAAUUUGUUUGUAAACUUUUAGUUGAUUUAAAUAGCGUUAUAAGUAUGAAGUCAUUUGUUUUAGUCAUUUUUGUGUAGUUUUUAGAUUAGCGUGUUUGAUUUCGUGUUUUUGUACCUGCAUAUGUGGAAAUAAAUUUAAUAUGAAUAAAUCUUUAAUUUUAAA